AUGAAUUCAACUGAAUAUAAUCAAUCGUAUUUAUUUUGUAAUAACACCAUAGUAAUACCCAUUCAAUCAUGGUUUAUACUCAUUAAUAUUUGCCUUAUCUUAUUCACUGUAUCGACUAUUAUACUUAGUAUUGUUUUCAUACUUAUUAUCGUACUAGAUAAAAUAUGUCAUACAACUCCCAUGAUGCUUGUGGCUAAUACAUGUAUAUGGACAUGUAUAUGUGCGUGUGCUAGACUUGGUAUGGUUUUAUUUACACUUCAAAAUGAUCUGAAACAAGUUGAAUAUGAAGAUUCACUUUGUGUUUUUCGAGCUUAUAUGACAUAUGGCUCAUAUUGGGCUUUCAAUUAUUCAUUUUUUUUGGAAGCUUUAUAUCGACAUAUUCUUGCUGUUUAUCCAACUCGAUUGUUUUGGCAAUCAUUGCGUAUCCAAAUUUUAUUUAUUUGUUUAUUCUGGAUAUUUUGUUUAUUAGUUCCUACUCCUUUUUUAUAUCCUGGUGCAAUCAUUUACGAUGUUAAUGACCAAAUCUGCCACUUACCAGUUGCAUUCUCUAUCUUUGUAGCUUAUGCACUAAUUGUUGGCUUUUCAAUUCCAGUUUCAUUAAUUAUAUAUUUAUAUAUUCGAUUAGUUAGGCAUAUUAAACAGAUUAGUAAGAAUGUUACAACUUCGAAUAAUCAAGUUCGAGCGCAACGUCAACAAAUCCGAUGCUGGAUUCGAUCGGAUCUUACCGGAUCCGACCAUCUGACAAAAUCCGAUCGGAUUCCUGGAAACGGAAUUGCAUUGGAAUCCGACUAG